CACCACAUAUCUCUCCACCUUAACUUCCCCUCCUCUCUGGUAUGUCACUUACACUUAUCUUUUUUGUCCACUGCUAUUACUGGCUGUUUCAGUUUCAUCUCUGCUUUCCUGGUAAAUGGAUUGCUGAAUUUUUGGGGGUGAGAGAGAGAGAGAGAGAGAGAGAUUGAAGAUGUUGUUGAAGCAAUCAUCAAGUAGGAAUUUGAGGGCGAAAGGGUUCAAGUUGAAGCAUGGAUUUCAGAUAUGUGUGGUUCUUGCCCUCUGCAUAUGGCUGCUUUAUCAGGUGAACAAAUCUUACAGCAAGAAGGGUGGAAUUGAGGGAGGUGGCAGUGAGGUAUCUGGGCAGGGAGGAGGAGAAAGCAGCAGGCUUCAGAUUCUCAAGUUAGGGAGGAAGGGCCUGAACCCGGAGAUUGAGGACGAGGAGGAGGACGCCGGCCUGAAACUCGCCGGAGAUGAUGAGCCGGAGUUGGAUGAUGAAGAGAAGAAGGUCCGGGCGGAGUUGGAGGAUGAAGAGAGGAAGCUGAGGGAGAAUGAAGGAGAUGAUGACACAGAUGGAGGUGAGCUAGACAAGGCAGAAGAGCAAUUGGAGGAUUUGAUAGGGGAAGAGGAUAAAGAAGAAUAGGAAAAUUUUAGUUUUUAGCCCACUCGGGUAGCUCAGUUUGUUCUCGAGUGAUAAAUUGUGGGCAAGAAUAGGAAAUUUUAAGUUUAGGAGGAGGAAAACCAAGUGUAUUAUUCAAUCUGUAAUCUCUGAUUACAUAGGAUUUAGCAAACUGCAUUCUAUGUAAUCAUCACUCUGCACUAUAAAAAUGUUCUUUUGAGACAGAAAAA